UGUUGCAACAUCAGUCGUUAAGGGAUUGAUUAACAACCAAGAAGAAAAAAAGAACUUGAGACAAAUCCAAACUUCUGUCUUACAAGGCUCACUCUGAAUUACAGGAAGCAGUGAAGGUAUAUAAACCUGGUACUGUCUGUCUGACUUUCACGAUUUUCUGAAAGCAACAAAGAAGUUAUCUUUACAUUUAUUCAAAACAAUAGAAAUGAUUGCCUUCACUGUCUUGUCAAUUCUUGCUGCAGUGCUGCAACAGUCUUCUGGAAGUGUUGAUUUUGAUUCUGAGUCACCCAGGAAACCAGAAAUACAAAACAAGAUUGUUGAUUUGCACAAUUCUUUAAGGAGAUCUGUGAAUCCAACUGCUAGCAACAUGCUAAAAAUGGAAUGGUAUCCUGAUGCUGCUGCUAAUGCAGAACGUUGGGCAUACAGAUGUGUUGAGACGCACAGUCCACGCGAUUCAAGAGUUCUUGGAGAAAUAAAAUGUGGUGAAUAUAUAUAUAUAUAUAUAUAUAUAUAUAUAUAUAUAUAUAUAUAUAUAUAUAUAUAUAUAUAUAUAUAUAUGUCAUCUGUUCCUAUAAAAUGGACUGAAAUUAUUCACGGUUGGCAUGAUGAAAACAAAAAUUUCAAGUAUGGCAUUGGAGCAGACCCACCAAAUGCUGUUACUGGCCAUUUCAGUCAGAUAGUUUGGUACAAAAGUUACCGUGUUGGUUGUGCUGCUGCCUAUUGUCCUUCAUCGGAGUACAGCUACUUCUAUGUUUGUCAGUACUGCCCAGCAGGAAACAUCAUAGGUAAAACUGCUACUCCAUAUAAAUCCGGGCCACCUUGUGGGGAUUGUCCUUCCGCUUGUGACAAUGGAUUAUUCACAAAUCCUUGCACAAAAGAAGAUAAGUACACGAAUUGCAAAAGUUUGGUCCAACAAGCUGGCUGCCAGGAUAAAAAGAUGCAGUCAGACUGCUCUGCUAUUUGCUUCUGCCAAAAUAAAAUAAUAUAGUGGGCUUCCCAUUCAAUAUUUUUUAUUUUUGCCGGAAAUAUCUUAAAAUCAUGGCAUCUUUUAGUAUCAGCAAAUUCUUACUUGACAUUUGAUUUCAUAUACUUUGCAUGAAUGUCCUAUGAAUGUCUAAGGGAAACAUCAGCAGGAGUAGAGGCUAGGGAUGAAAACUGUAAGUUCAAAGGGUC